AUGUCAACACUUGAACCUUUUGCUAGUAACUUGAAGCACCCGAAUCUGGUGAACCUGAUCGAGGUUUUCCGGCGAAAGCGUAAGCUGCAUCUCGUGUUCGAGUACUGCGACCAUACCGUGCUGCAUGAGAUGGAGAAGUAUCCUUCUGGUUGUCCAGAGCUCUUGUCAAAGCAGAUAAUCUGGCAGACGCUGCAAGGCGUAGCAUACUGCCACCGACACAACUGCAUUCACCGGGACGUCAAGCCGGAGAACAUCCUUCUCACAGCCGAAGGCGUCGUCAAGCUCUGCGAUUUCGGGUUCGCCAGAUUGAUCAGUGGUUGUUCUUCCGAGUACUCAGUUCAUACGAUGAUCCCUUUCGGUGUGGACGUUCGAAGAAAAUGUAGUCCAGGCCCCGGUGAGAGCUAUACGGACUACGUGGCCACACGGUGGUACCGUGCACCAGAACUGCUCGUCGGAGACACCAUGUACAGCACUCCGGUUGACGUCUGGGCUAUUGGCUGUGUAUUCGCGGAACUGUUGUCGAGCGAAGCUUUGUGGCCAGGCAAGAGCGAUUUGGACCAAUUAUAUCUGAUACGGAAGACCCUCGGUGACUUGUUACCGCGACACAUGACUAUUUUCUCACAGAAUACCUUCUUCCAGGGUAUGGCGUUACCAGAACCGACGACAUUCGAAUCACUGGAAAGAAAAAUUCCUCAAAGAUAUGCAAACAAUGAUCUGAUUAUAGAUUUUCUGCAGAAGUGCCUAGACAAGGAUCCGAUAAUGCGGUGGACGUGUGAACAGCUACUCCGACACCCGAUAUUCGAAAACUUUCUGUUCACCGUGCCGCAGACCAAUCAUGAGCAAUACGAAAAAUCCAGGCGGGCUCAGGUGCAAUCAUCCCCCCUGCUGCCGCAGCUGAUCGUGUCGGAGCGCGCGCAGCCGAAGGGCAAGAAGGCAGAUCUGGACGCACGCAGUCAUCUGCCCACCAUAUGACUACCGCCCGCGCGCUAGGAUUCUGGCUCGUUGCAAUAAAUGUCUAUAA